CUUGCUGCUUCUGUAUUUGUUGACUACGUCUUAGUCUUAAACCAAUAAGCCUGACUUCUAUUAUAUGUAAACUUAUGGAAACUAUAAUAAGAUCCAAAAUGGAAAAUUACCUAUAUGGUAACAAUAUCCUGGGAGACAGUCAGCAUGGUUUUAGGAAAGGGAGAUCGUGUCUAACUAACCUGCUUGAUUUUUUUGAGGAUGCAACAUCGACAAUAGAUAACUGCAAAGCAUACGACAUGGUUUAUUUAGAUUUCCAGAAAGCUUUUGACAAAGUCCCGCAUAAAAGAUUAAUUCUCAAACUGAGCGCAGUAGGGAUUCAAGGAAUCCCUACUGCACAUGGAUUAGGGAGUGGUUAACAUGUAGAAAACAGAAAGUACUGAUUAGAGGAGAAACCUCAAAAUGGAGCGAGGUAACCAGUGGUGUACCACAGGGAUCAGUAUUAGGUCCUCUGCUAUUCCUAAUCUACAUUAAUGAUUUAGAUUCUGGUAUAGUAAGCAAACUUGUUAAAUUUGUAGAUGACACAAAAAUAGGAGGAGUGGCAAACACUGUUGCAGCAGCAAAGGUCAUUCAAAAUGAUCUAGACAGCAUGCAGAACUGGGCAGACACACGGCAAAUGACAGUUAAUAGAGAAAAGUGUAAGGUACUGCAUGCAGGCAAUAAAAAUGUGCAUUAUAAAUAUCAUAUGGGAGAUACUGAAAUUGAAGAAGGAAUCUAUGGAAAAGACCUAGGAGUUUAUGUUGACUCAGAAAUGUCUUCAUCUAAACAAUGUGGGGAAGCUAUAAAAAAGGCCAACAAGAUGCUCGGAUAUAUUGUGAGUGUUGAAUUUAAAUCAAGGGAAGUAAUGUUAAAACUUUACAAUGCAUUAGGAAGACCUCACCUAGAAUAUUGUGUUCAGUUCUGGUCACCUUGUUACUAAAAGGAUAUUGCUGUUCUAGAAAGAGUGCAAAGAAGAGCGACCAGAAUUAUCCAGGGUUUAAAAGGAAUGUCGUAUGCAGACAGGCUAAAAGAAUUGAAUCUAUUCAGUCUUGAACAAAGAAGACUACGCGGUGAUCUGAUUCAAGCAUUCAAAAUCCUAAGAGAUAUAAACAAUGUCGACCCAGGGGACUUUUUUUACCUGAAAAAAGAAAAGAAGACCAGGGGUCACAAAUGGAGAUUAGAUAAAGGGGCAUUCAGAACAGAAAAUAGGAUGCACUUUUUUACACAGAGAUUUGUGAGGGACUGGAACCAACUCCCCAGUAAUGUUGUUGAAGCUGACACCCUGGGAUCCUUCAAGAAGCUGCUUGAUGAGAUUUUGAGAUCAAUAAGCUACUAACAACCAAACGAGCAAGAUGGGCCGAAUGGCCUCCUCUCGUUUGGAAACUUUCUUAUGUUCUUAUAUUCUUAUGUCUGGAGAUUACAAAACUACUCAAGAUCGUUAUCGCUUCAAUGACUACAGCAGAGGCAGAAGGUGUUUCUCAACACUGAAGUGGAUAGAAACCUUCUUGAGAAACAGUAUGAAAACCGAACGGUUAAAUACUAUAGCCAUGUUAUCAAUUGAAAAAGACUGGUUCCUGCCCGUGCUGUACAGUGAGCCUGCUGGAACAAACUUUGACAUUCCCGAUGAUCCUUCUCCGCUUGCUCCACUACAUUCGGAUUGUUUCCAGUUGGGCAGCUGUUGCCUGCAACAUGGUUUUUAGAAUGUCUUUCAUUGCCUUUGAAUUUUUUUCGUCACAGAAUAUAUCCCAUCCUUGUUGCCACAUGUGAUGCAGCACCUUCCUUCUUAUUGCCACAGAAACCCUGUCUUCUUUAUCAUAUAGCAAGCUGGAGUCAAUAGGAGGUUUAAUGUGCGUCAGUGCAAUCUUUAUUAUUUACACAAAACAGAAAUAAACAAAGUAACCCUAACUCUUCCCAGAGAGUCCUAAACUUUACUGUAACUCUGAGUUUCUAAUAGGGGACAAGCUAAGCUUGUUUACCCCACCAAAAACCACUGUUAUUUAUUUUUUUCUCAAAGUAUUUUUUUUUUAUUCACCCUCUUCUCCAACUUUCUCCCAACCAGAAACUAAACAAAAUCGUCAGUUUUUAUACCCCGAUAAAUUAGACACAGCUGAACAUUUUCCCAAUUAUCCCACACUAAUAAUCAUCGCUCUGGCAUCACUUUGCCCUUUUAAAAAAUGUAGUGCAUCAGUCCUUAUGCCCAAGGUCCUAAAGCCCUUAAACAUCUAUCUGACACAUACACCAAGUAAUUUUGUAAUCCUGGUAAUGACGUGUAAACUAAACUUUGAUUCCUCAUUCUGUGUUUUAGAAACAUUACAACAGGAGAAUGACAGACUGACACAGGAUAUGCUGGUGGUUCGAGAAAGAUUGUAUGCAGAAGGAUAUGUUCUUGAAAGAGAAUGGCGUGAAAUUCGGAAGGCUGCAGAUGCAGAAGGAUAUGUUCUUGAAAGAGAAUGGCGUGAAAUUCGGAAGGCUGCAGUUGAGGUGACUCUGCACCCUGAUCCAGCAAACCGGAGCCUCAAAGUGUCUAAAAGCAGAUUAAUAACAUUCACAGGGGAGGGAUCAGCAGAGUGGCCCAGUGUGCGGGGCAGUGAGGGGUUCACCUCCGGGAGGCACUACUGGGAGGUGAAGGUGGAGGAGAAGGGCUACUGGGCUCUGGGGGUCUCCACACACCCUGAUGAGAAGAACAUACCUGAGAAACCAGAGGAGGGCUACUGGCUU